AUGACGCAGCCGUGGUCACCUUCGAGCGACGACGACGCAACGUCAAGCCCCACGACCGGGCCGUCUCGCCAGACUACUGGCCGAUCCCAAGCUGGAGCAGGCGGACCAAGAACCGGACAACCACGACAGGACCGAGCUCAGGCUGCAUCUUCAGGUGGUAGCGAAGGCGAGGGAGAUGAAGGUCUUAGUAUCAUGCAAGGUCAACAAUAUCCUCAUCCGGCUGGUGCUAUAGGCGGUGGUCGCUACUUCGUGGAUGACGAGCCUUCCAUGUCCAUCGGUGCAGACAUCGACGCGCUGGCGAUUUCUUGGCCGGGAACGGUGCCCAAUCCGUUUUUUGGCUCUACUCCUAAUCAUGAUCUUCACGCGCCAGGUGGUGCGCUGGGAGCAUUGGUGAAUUAUAGGGAAGAAGAUCAAGAUAGUAUCAACACAGCAGGCGUCGAGCAGCCACUGCGCGCAGGAGGGUUAAUUGGCGUCUACGGUUUGGGAUUCAGUCAAGACGCGAUGCGCAGUCGACGAGGCAACCGGGAGCAGCGGUCGAAAAGCAAAGAGAAGAGCGGACACGAAGACGGCGGUAGAGAAGGAAGGAAGGUGUCGAAGGAGAAGCUAACGAAGAGGGAAGUGGAAGUUGACGAGUUGCGAAAAUUUAUGGACUCGUUGAAGAUAAUCGACGUCGAGCGAGAGCAAGGAGUCCUGUUGCAACGGCGCAAUUUAGUGCUCUCUCCUCCCGACAAGGAACCGCGGAGGAAGAGCAAAGAGAAGAUACCUUCGAAGGAACACGUUGUCAACGCAGAGGCGGCCAGCUCUUCCUCUCGGAUUCGUGGAAACUUCACUGAUCUCGGAUUCGCGUCGCCGGAAGGUCGUGAGUCUCGGGCAGAGCAUAUCGCUCCACCACGACUGUUGGACUUCACUGAGCAGCGGUUGCAGGAGCCAUUAGAUGGUUCAGACAUGGAUCGUAAACCAGGCGAAUCUGUCACGGAUACUCGACCGGUAGACGAAGAUCCGCACGUUGAGGAAGAGAAACGGCAGAAUUCUCAGACGAGCGAGCGCUUUGAUAACAAAGAGGAGGGUGGAGUCGCAAGUGCUGCGAGUAAAGGAAGUGGUCGCACGACUGCAACAGGACCGACGGCAUCGAGCAAUAUAGUUGCGACGAGCUCGCCCAUGAGUGUGCACAUCCCGCGAGCGCACUCUACAGGAAUUGUGCAUGACCUUGCGAAACAGGAGACUGCGUCACCUGGGAAGGCAAUCCUGGAGGAGCUGCGGAAGCAGCGGCAGAAGAUUAUCGAUUCCAGGAAACAGAAUCGCAAGAGUCACAUGAUUUCUGCGUCGCUCGGUCCGAAGUUGUCGUUGCCGAAAAAGAACAUGCGUCAGAAUGAUCCUUCCGCGCCUCCAGAGCCAGCAUCGUCGUCUGGGGAAAGUGCGUCGAGCAAAGCGAAGGACAGUGAGUUUUACAAGAACGGGCUCUCAAUUUUGAACAAAAUGAACGCCGUCGUGCAGAAGAAGCACGAGGCGGCCUCGAAUGUUGCCGCUUCAGGUGGACCUCGCAGUUACCUGAUUCUUCCGCGUGAUCCCGUAAACUACGAAAAUCUCUCUGCGAAGGCUGCCUCUUCUUCCCAUGACAUGGGACAGCACGCGCAAGGUGAGGGAUUGGAUAGCGUGGUCUUGAAGGACAACUACGUAGAGGCGCCUUUCUUGCAGAAUGUGAAAAGCGGCAGCCAGGUUGCUGCGAUACAGGCAUACCAGCGAAAGGGGCUCGAGGAUCUCGCAGCCGUAGCCGCUAAGGGAGAGGUCGAUAUGAAUCUGGUUCGUGCGAAACUGUUACGGAUCUCUCGACCGAGCUCGCACUCAUCUAACUCGUCGUGCUCGUCAUCCACCGAAGGCCUGCGCCGCGCAGGCAAAGCUGCUGCCGCGGAUCCACUGGCGAAAGAAGGAGUGUACUCUGAAUUCGUGCAGCCUAGUACAUCUGGGCAAGCAGGGCUACGACAACUUCUGCCGGUUCCGCCCGGAUUGCAGGCUUUACCUACCUCCGCGGCUGCUAGUACGACUGAGUAUGACCAGCACAAUGUUAGCACAAGCAGUCAAAGGUUGUUAACCGCUGCUGGGCCAGGGCCAGUCGAAGCGGGAGACUUCGGUGAGAUGGUGUUCCGCGAGAUUGCGAAGAGUCGCGACGCGGAGAUUGGGAAGGUCCGCAGGAAAAAACAGGCCUGGCGGAUGAACGACUACAGCUGGCUGCACCCGCUCGGAGUCGU